GAACCGGAUGUAGAUGGCAGUUUCCGGCGCAGAAGUCGUGCACGUGUGUGUUUUGGGGGACUAAUCGUUCGGGUCGGAAGCCGCCAUGACGUCCUUAGCUCUCCAGCUGAAGAAGCUCGCGCUUCCCCAGAGCGAUCCCAACCUGCUGACCCGUAAAGAGGUUGCCUCGCUGCUCUUCGAUCCCAAAGAUGCUGCCACCAUGGACAGGAGCACCUUCUACGCUCUCGGCUGCACGGGGCUGGAGGAGCUGCUGGGAAUCGAGCCGGCUUUCCUGGAGUUCCAGGACACGCUGUUCAGCCCCGCCUCCCUGACCCUGGAGCGCAGCGUCCAGUCCAAGGAGGUCAACGAGAAGCUGGACGCGGGAAUCUCGCUCUUCCUCACCCGGCUCUGCCCGUAUUUCCUGCUGAAGCCGGCGCACAAGUGCAUCGAGUGGCUGGUCCACCGCUUCCACGUCCAGCUCUACAACCCCGACAGCCUGGUGGCCUGCGCGCUGCCGUACCACGACACCAACCUGUUCGUGCGGGUCGUGCAGCUGCUGAAGCUCAAAGAAGCCACCAACCGCUGGAACUGGCUGCAGUGUUUACAGAAACCGGGCGUGCCGCUCUCCAAAGGGACUCUGAUCACGCACUGCUGCUCCGACCUGAGCUUCAUGGACUUCGUCUGCACCUUGGUGACGCGCUCCAUCCAGGCCUACUCCGGACAUUCCGAGAGCUUCUCCCAGCUCCGGGUGAUCUUCUCCUUCUACGCCUCCACCAUCGUGCCCGCUCUGGACGCCGUGGGCAAAGUUUCCGACUCCAUCAUCGCCAAGCUGCUGCCUUAUGUCCAGAGGGGCCUCAAGUCGCCCCUGUCGGACUACAAAGCCGCCACCUACAUGAUCGUGUGCCAGCUGGCGGUGAAGGUGGUGAUGGAGGCCGGCCUGGUGGACAGCCUCGCCGUGCACAUCAGCAAGUCGCUGCUCCGAGAGCCCGUCCUGGCCAAGGAGGCUCUGGGCUCCCUCGUCGUGCUGCUGCAGCACCAGAAGGAGGGAUCGGCCGGGCCCAGGGCCGUCGGCAGUCUGUGCUCGGCGCCGGCGCUGGUUUCGACGCUGUGGGUCAUGGCGGCGGCUCACGACGUCAGUCCUUUGCUGCGGUACCUGCUGCCUCACCUGGUCCACGCCGUGUUCUACAGCAGCUCAGAUGAGAAAGCGACAGAGAGGCUCAGCGUGCUGGAGUCCAUCCUGAAGUCUGUCCCCCUGACCAAAGACCUGGACCGGACCGUGGCCCGGCUGCUGCUGGAAGAGUACCUCAACCAAACGGAGCGCUGUGCCGAGGACAUGUCGGCCCUCGACCAGCGCCUGCUGCCCGUGGUCCGACUGUUCGAGUCCAGGUACUGCCAGGCUCUGGACGCCGUCCUCUCCGGUCACGUGACCGACAACGCCGACUCGCAGCGGAAAAAUCUCUUCCACCAGUUCCUGUCCCUCUCCAUGAGCAGCGGCAAAUUCCAAAUUUUAGACGACUCGGACACGUCGCUGCUCCUCAGCCUGAAGCACCCGCAGCCGUCGGUCCGAGUGGCGGCCGUGGAUCACCUGAUGAGCAUCGUUGCGUCUGAACAGCAGCAGAGUUUGGACGAAGCGUUCCUGAAAGACGCCGUGGCGGAGCGCCUCAGCGACGACGCUCCCGGAGUGGUCUCUGCUGCUCUCAGGGUCCUGCAGAUGCUGCUGGAUGUUCUGGACCCGGAGGACGUGUUGUCCUGGCUGCUGUCCCUCCUGCACAGAGUCCAUCUGUCCGCUCAGCAGUGGAUGCCCGUGCUGAUGGAGGCGGUGCGUUUGCUGUCCGACCCCCGGCUGGGAAAGGGAGACGCCGAGUUUCUCCAGAAAACGGGCUGGGAGCUGCUGCCCUUCCUGGUGAUCACCUCGGCCCAGGCCGGGAUGGCCGGCUGCGUCGCCCAGUCGUCCGUCCUUAGCCAGCACCCCCUCACUCUGGGCUGGGCUCAAGAGCUGCAGGACGUGAUGAAGAGGAGCGCUGAACCCGGCUUCGUGGGUCUGGCCAAUCAACGCCUUGUCUCCACUCUGACCAAGAACCUGACCAACAUGGAGCACUUCUCUAAACGGGACGCCCUGGAGAAGCUGGUCCUGAUGGUGGAGCAGCAGCGGAGCUCCGGCCUCGGAGGGAGGCCGGCCUUCCUGGUCCUGACCCAGACCCUCCUGCUCAGCCUGGGGGAGCUGAGCGAGACGCAGCACCUGCUCACGGCUCAGAGGGUCUACAUGCUGCUGGAGCCCCCCCUGUUGGAUCUGAUCCGGAAGGACGGCGCCGAGGAGUUUGGCUGUCCCGUCUCGGUGCCGGCCUCCUCCUCCGAAGCCCUGGGCCUCUACCUGGACAGACGCGAGCAGCAGCCAGGGGAGCGUCUGGACCAGGAGUUCAGUUCGGUUCUGCUCGCUCUCCUCCGAGACUUCGUCGUCUCGCUCGGGUGUCACGACGCCUCUUUCAAAGACGACGCGUGGUGGAACCCGGAAAAGAUGGACAACACCACCUGCUGCUACCUGGGCCUGAUCUGCCGCCUCUUCAGCAUCACCAUCAGCGGCGGCGCGGAGGGCCCGGUGGCCCUCAGCUGCAGGGAGCUGAUGAAGCUGCUGUGCCAGGUCCACCUGCAGGAGCCCACGAGGCUCUUUAGGUUCCUGAGCCUCCUCUGGGGAUACAGCGAUAACCACGGAGACCAGCUGGAUGUGAAGCUGGGCGCCGUUCUGCAGACCAGAGCCCUAUACAUGGGCCAGGCUCUGCUGGAGGUCCAGCCUGUCGCCACGCUGGACAAGCUGGCGGCUACCGACUCACCAGUUGUCCCAUCCUUGCUGUGCUGUCUCAGCUCUCCGGUUCGAGAGGUGCGCAGGGCUGCCCUGUGCGCCCUGCAGAGCCUAUCAAGAGCCAGCAAGUUCCCCUUCCAGCCAAUCGCAGAGAGGCUGCAGAGGACCUCAGAGGAGGUCAUCACCGACCCGUUGUACCUGAGCACGGUCCUCGCCGUCCUUCAUGACGAGUCUUCAUCCGGCAAGCUGAAGUCGCAACGGGAGAAGCUGCAGACGGCGCUCCAGCAGCUGCUGCAGAGCGUCCAGGACCCAUGCUGCCCAUCUUACACUGCCGCCGCUCUGCUGAGGGCGCUGAGCCUCGUCAACGGAAAGGCCGUCCUCUCCGCCCUGCUCCCUGUUCUGGAACGCCUCCUGGAGCAGACCGGACCCGACACCCCGUCCCUGCGCUCGGAAACCCAGCUGCUGCAGCUCGUACUGGGGAAGUUCAACGAGGCGUCGGCGCCCCUGCUGGCCGAGGACAAGAACUGCACGGAGCUGUUCGUCAGGGCCCUGAGGCUACCCAGCUGUCAGACCUCCGCUCUGGAACAGAUCACCAAGCAGUUUUUCUCAGCCCUCGGAGACGAGCGGGUGCAGCAGACGCUCCUGUCGGUGAUGUUCGACCUGCUGGUGGAGUGUCACAGUCCUCUGGUGGCCAGUACGGUCAGCAGCGUCUUCAAAGCGAUCGCCAUCGAUGCUCAGCUGGUGGCCAACGAGCUGGCGCCUCCGGACAAGCCGAAGGUCACCGUCACCGUUCAGCAAACCCGCCGGAGCAGAAUGAGCCAGAGGAAACCUCAGGAGAGUGACGGUGUAUGUCCGGAGAGAGAUGCUAUAUCGUGGCAGAAGGUCACGCUGAUCCUGGAGCUGCUGCAGCACAAGAAGAAGCUGAAGAGGGCUCAGGUGUUGGUGCCGGUUCUCUUCUCUCUGCUUUCCAGGAGUCUGGAGCCGUGUGCGGGUGACCAGACAAACAUGGAGUACACCAGGCAGCUGCUGCUCGGCUGUCUGCUGAACGUCUGCAACAAGCUGUCGCCUGACGGAGGCCCGCUGGCUGCAGAUGUCCUGGACGCGGAGAAGUUCAACGUGGAGCUGGUGGUUCAGGUCAUCAGGUCGUCUGACAUGCCCCAGACUCACCACCACGCUCUGCUGCUGCUGGCCGCCACCGCCGCCAUCUUCCCUGAGAAGGUCCUCCACAACAUCAUGCCCAUCUUCACCUUCAUGGGCGCCAACAUCCUGCGCCUGGACGAUGCCUACAGCUUCAGAGUCAUCGAGAAGACGAUGCAGACGGUCGUUCCGGCCUUAGUCCAGGCCCACCGCCUCUCUGACGGCUCCUCCGCCCCCGACAUGGUCGCCGUGGUGACGAAGAUCAUGCACGUCUUUGCCGACGCGCUGCCUCACGUGCCCGAGCACCGCCGGCUGCCCGUCCUCGGCCAGCUGGUGGCCGCGCUGGGCCCCGCCCACUUCCUGUGGAUCCUCGUGCUGCUGCUGCUGAAGCGGCACGCCACACAGGGCAGCGGCGCCGACGACAAGGACGCGGCUCUGGAGCGGGACAUGGAGUUCUGGGUGUCGCUGUGCUGCCAGUUCACCGUGGACCAGCAGCUCGGCUCCCUCAUCAGCAUCCUGAACUUCCUGCUGCAGCUGCCAGACGACAAGGAUGAAGCCGCAGCAAAGCGGCCAGCUGGCCGGCGAGCGGUCAGGAAAAAGGAGGACGAGCCGGAGGACAAGACGGAGGACCUGGUGUUCAGCGUGGAGGCUCACAGCAGCAAGGAGCUGCGACACUUCAAGUUCCUCUGCGUGUCCUUCAUGGCCCAGCUGCUGGGCUCCAGCAGCUUCAUCCAGAAGGUGUCAGAGGAAGCGGGCGGCAGCGAGGACGCCCUGCAGCAGCUGCAGCAGAGGCUGCUGGAGGAGAUCCUGCGCUACAUCCACUCCGUGGCUCGCUGCGUGGAGGAGAACGCCGACAAGCCCACCGCAAAGUUCUGGAGGGUUCUGCUCAACAAGGCCUACGAAGUCCUGGACAGGGUGAACGCCUUGCUGCCCACGGACACCUUCAUCACCGUGAUGAAGGGGCUGAUGGGAAAUGAGCUCCCGUCGGUGCGGAGGAAGGCCAUGGAGCUCCUGAACAACAGGCUGCACCAGCGGCCGCAGUGGGACGAGCAGCAGGUGGCGGCGCUCUUACAGCUGACCUCUGACCUGCGGAGCAUUGUGGGGAAGAGUCCCGGUACGGUGUCCGAGCAGGCCAUCAACCGGCAGACGGCGCUCUACAGCCUCAAGCUGCUCUGUCGCAGUUUCGGCUCCGCCCACCAGGAGGUGUUCGUGCCCGUCCUGCUGCUGGCGGUGGACAUCGCCACGGUGACAAAGGAGGAGAAGAACGUGGUGGGCAGCGCUCUGCUCUGUAUCGCCGAGGUGGUUGGUGCGCUGAAGGCACUCGCCAUCCCUCAGUUACCCAGGUUGAUGCCGGCGGUGCUGCAGGUGCUCAGCGACAGGAAGGAGCUGCUGAGCAACGAGAUCUACCUCCUGAGCGCCGUCACGGCCCUGCAGCGCGUCACGGAGACGCUGCCGCACUUCAUAAGCCCGUACUUGCAGGACACCACGCUACAGGUGUGCCGCUUGACCCGCCUCACAGCGACCUCCUCCUGCUCGACCUCCUCCUCCUCAUCGCCGGCUGCCCAGCUCUGCCUCCGCCUCUCGUCCCUGCGGAGCACGCUGGCCACCAGGCUGCCCCCCAGGGUCCUGCUGCCCAACCUGUCCAGGUGUUACAGCUGCAUGGUGGAGGACAGGAAGGACCAGCUGGAGUCGCUGAUGAGCAUCCUGAAGGAACAUAUCUGUCACAUGGACAGAGAGCAGCUCAGCGUCCACCAAUCAGAGCUCACCGCGUUCUUCCUGACGUCGCUGGACUUCCGGGCCGAGCGCUCCCAGGGCGACCUGGAGAAGGCGUGGCGGGUGGAGGGCGGAGUCAUCGACUGUCUGAUCGCCAUGGUGAUGAAGCUGUCGGAGGUCACGUUCAGGCCGCUCUUCUUCAAGCUCUUCGAUUGGACCAAAUCAGAAAGCAAAGAGCGCCUGCUGACGUUUUACCGCCUCUGCGACCGCAUCGCCGAGCGGCUCAAAGGACUCUUCGUCCUGUUCGCAGGCAACCUGGUGAAACCUCUGGCAGACGUGCUGAGGCAGACCAACAGCUCCAAAACAGAUGAGCUCAUCUUUGACUCAGAGCUUUCAGAGGAGAAGAACUGCCUGCUGCUUCAGUUGGUCCUCGACGUCCUCCAGAAGAUCUUCCUGUACGACACGCAGAGGUUCCUGAGCCGAGAGCGUGCCGACACCCUGCUGGGCCCCCUGGUGGACCAGCUGGAGAACUGCCUAGGCGGGCCGCAGGUCUACCAGAACCGGGUCGUCCAGCACCUGGUUCCCUGUGUGGGUCAGUUCUCUGUGGCGCUGGCCGACGAAUCUCAGUGGAAAACUCUUAACUAUCAGAUCCUGCUGAAGACGAGACACAGCGACUCCAAGGUUCGGUUCUCCUCCCUCCUCAUGCUGAUGGAGCUGGCGUCCAAACUGAAAGAGAACUACGUGGUUCUGCUACCUGAGACCAUCCCCUUCCUGGCAGAACUCAUGGAGGACGAGUGUGAGGAAGUGGAGCAGCAGGUCCAGAAGGUCAUCCAGGAGAUGGAGAACAUCCUGGGCGAGCCGCUGCAGAGCUAUUUCUAACACUCUUAAAAUACCACAUAGAACACGUUCCAAAGAGUCACCCGGAGAACCCUGUCCACGCCGAAAUCCACUCACUGGUCGUCUUGGAGUGAAAUGUUCAGUUAUCACAUGAUAUAAAUAAAUGUUUAAUUUUUUAAUUUGAAAAAAAAA